UUUUGUUUUGGCUUCCCCGCAUCAAACAAACAAAAAAUUUUAUCAAUCGAAUUCGGUUUGUUUUUGUGCAUAAUUUUUUAAUAAAAAGUUAACUGAUUUUAAAGAAUUCCCGAUCUAAACAAUGCCGGCUUAAGGCAGCUCUCGAAACAUUGAAACAGCGGCGAUUUGUUUGGUAAGCAUUGGUGAUACAUCGAAAAAAAAGGAACUCCAUCGAAAAUGGCUUCGAUGGCACCGGAAUGGAAUCGGACCUGUCGGGUUUGCCUGCAGGAGGGCGAAAUCCUAUCGCUGUACGCGCUCUGUCCGGAGUCCAAUCUGAGCUACGGAGCCAAGGUGAUGCAGUGCAGUAGCAUUCGGAUUCAGCGCGACGACAACAUGCCGGAGCAGAUUUGCGUCAGUUGCAUCCUGGAUCUGAAUGUGGCGUACCGUUUCCGGGUCAACUGUGAAAGCUCCGAUGCCAUCUUGCAAUCGUUGAGGGAACCAUCAUCGAUGGUAGAGGAAUCGAUCGGUAUCGAUGAGGAUGAUGUUGGUGGUCAUUCGAAAGACCAGCCAAGGUUAGAAGAGGUCGACGACGACGAUUCUCGCCUAUCGGUGACGUCGGAAAUUCAGAUUCCUAUAGGGUCGGAUGUGGUUUACAGCUACAAGCCACCGAUCGGGCUCAAUGUCAAACUAGUUUCUAGGGAGCAAAAAAUUUUAAACGAAGCUCAUGGGGAGAUUGUUGUUUGUGGACUUGAACACCCACUGUCGAAGGUGCUUCCAGAAUCAUCAGAUCCCCGGAAGUCCAGAGUGUGCCCGGAACCAGUUGUGCAGGACGAUGACGAUAAUGAUUCGUUGAUAACGUACGACGAUGCUCUGCCGCCUCCAUCGAGCCAAGCCGAGGAAGAUGUCGAAGAACCGGAUGAUGAAAGUGAAGUGGAAGAAGAACAACCGAAAAUGGUGAAUCCGGAUUCCGACCAAGUUUGUGGCAUGAUGGCAACGAUGGAAGAUCAGCAGCGGUCAGAGAUGAAUGAAACGUUGGUAGAAGACGGAGAUGAUAGUCGGACUGUCGAUAAGGCUGGCAAAAAGCUGCCCCGACCAGACGAUAGCAGUACCGAUAUCUUCUUCAAUGCACAACUGGUUUACGUCGACAAGGAGGACGAUAUCCUGAACCAGCUGGCGGAAAUCAAGCGGGAGGAUGAAGUUGACGAAGAUUGGGAAAUCAUUUAUGACGACGAUGAAAAUGGCGAUACCUAUUUUCAGAAGCUACCCCAAACGAAAGCAACUACGAAUCCCGUGGUACCGAAGGUUUUACACAAAGUACAGUUUCCGGAACCCAGCCGUGAGUCAGCCGUGGCACACAAACCAACCAACAGCAACUCGAAUGCCAGUUUGGUCAAAACUAUCCAAACUAUUCGAAAGACAAACAUCCCGAACGAACAGAAACCUACAAUCGAAAACAUCAUCACCAAACCGGGUCCGGACGGAUCCUUCGAGACGGUGAUCCGAGUCAAACGGAAUCUCAAACCGGCCAAGCAGCAGCACGUGUGCAAGAUUUGCAACAGUUCCUACAAGUACAAACACGCCCUGGAGACGCACAUGCGCCGACAUCGGGGUGAUAAACCGUACAAAUGUAGCGAAUGCGAAAAGGCUUUCGUGGUACCGUUUGAGCUGCGGAGGCACAUGAGAACCCAUACUGGAGCAAAACCCUACAAAUGCAAGUACUGUGAGCGGAAAUUUUCGGAUUUCGGUAGUAAAAUUAAACACGAAAGGACACAUACGGGGGAGAGACCCUAUGUGUGUGAUGUUUGUGAGAAAAGUUUCACCUACUCGCAUGUUCUCAACAGUCAUAUGCUGAUACAUACCGGUGUGAAAAAGUAUUCCUGCUCCGACUGUGGCAAACGGUUCGCCAAAUCACACCACCUCAAAGCGCACCUGAACACACACGUGCGAGUGAGCAGCAGUAGUACAAACAACAACAAUAGCACAAUCAAAUCUAUGUUGCAGCAGCCAUCGAAACCGAGCACCAUUCACCAUCCCACAACGCUGCACAUGACCAGUCACAACAACAGUGUUAGCGGGGCUGAUCCUACGCUCGGUUUGGGACCGACGGUUCCGAUUGCAGUCGAAGACGGUCUCGUUUUGGAUCCGGGACCUCCUGGAAGCUCCGUGGAUCAGCUAAUGGUGGACGGUAUCGAUGAUAGGAGUAGCGAUUUCCACCUAGAUGGCGAUGAUCCGGGUGCCGCCUUCGGGCAGCUCGUGAACAUAGGGGAUUACAUGAUAUCAUCGAAGGCGGACGAUCCGAGGGGGUUCGGAGCCAUUAUGGAUGACGAUGAUGAUGACGACGAUGGCCGGGGAAAUGUGGUGGGCGUUGAGGAGGACUCUUUGCUGAACGUGGUAACGGUGUUGGCGGCCAAUCAGGUCGCCGGCCUGGUCGAAGGAGAUUAUUCUAACAUACGGGUAAUCAAUGGGUAAGUGCAAGAUACACACCCACAAGGUGUGCUUUAGUAAUAUAGGC